AAAACUCGCGAGAGUACUGCGCAGCUUUCCGAAAACUCGCGGUUCUCCGAGAGUACCUGGGAGUCAUUGGAGUAACCAAAAUAAGCUGAUAUUUACAUCUAUUUAUCAACUAACGAGAUAUAGACCGCUGCAGGAAUUGACGGUAGUCUUUCCAGAGUAACGAGAUGUCUGACAGCGAGGACAGCGACUUCUCCGACAACCAGAGUGAGCGCAGCAGUGACGGAGAGGCCGAGGAAGUGGAAGAAAAUGAGGAGGAGGCGAACAGCCCCGUGGGCAGCGACAAGGUAGCCGAAGAGGAAGGGGAGGACCUGGAUGAUGAGGAGGAGUAUGAUGAAGAGGAAGAGGAAGACGAUGAUGACCGUCCCAGGAAGAAGCCAAGACAUGGAGGGUUCAUCCUGGAUGAAGCCGAUGUGGACGACGAGUAUGAAGAUGAGGAGGAUCAGUGGGAGGAAGGAGCUGAAGAUAUUUUGGAGAAAGAGGAGGCUGAAGUGUCUAACAUGGACCACGUGGUUCUGGAUGAGGAUCACUCUGGAUCCAGAAGGCUGCAGAACCUCUGGAGAGACUCCAGAGAGGAGGCGCUGGGUGAAUACUACAUGAGGAAGUAUGCCAAGUCCUCAGCAGGGGAGCAUUACUCAGGAGGGUCAGAGGAGCUCUCUGAUGACAUCACCCAGCAGCAGCUACUUCCUGGAGUCAAGGAUCCCAAUCUGUGGACAGUUAAGUGCAAGAUUGGAGAGGAGAGGGCAACAGCCAUUGCGUUGAUGAGGAAGUUCAUUGCCUACCAGUUCACCGACACACCUCUGCAAAUCAAGUCUGUGGUCGCCCCGGAUCACGUUAAAGGCUACAUCUAUGUGGAGUCAUACAAGCAGACACACGUGAAGGCAGCCAUAGAGGGCAUCGGCAACCUGAGGAUGGGCUUCUGGAACCAGCAGAUGGUUCCGAUCAAAGAGAUGACAGACGUCCUCAAAGUCGUCAAAGAGGUCACGAACCUGAAGCCAAAGUCCUGGGUCAGACUGAAGAGAGGCCUAUACAAGGACGACAUCGCUCAGGUCGACUAUGUGGAGCCAAGUCAGAAUACUAUCUCCCUGAAGAUGAUCCCUCGAAUAGACCUGGACCGUAUCAAGGCCAAGAUGAGUCUGAAAGACUGGUUUGCUAAGAGGAAGAAGUUCAAGAGACCUGCUCAGAGGCUGUUUGAUGCUGAAAAGAUCAGGUCCCUGGGCGGGGAAGUCAGCCAUGAUGGAGACUUCAUGAUCUUUGAGGGGAACCGUUACAGCCGCAAAGGAUUCCUUUUCAAGAGUUUUGCCAUGUCUGCUGUGAUCACAGAUGGAGUGAAGCCCACUCUGUCAGAGCUGGAGAAGUUUGAAGACCAGCCUGAAGGAAUCGACUUGGAGGUGGUCACAGAGUCAGGUAAGGAGCGUGAACACAACCUGCAGGCCGGUGACAAUGUGGAAGUGUGUGAGGGAGAGUUGAUCAACCUGCAGGGAAAAAUCCUGAGUGUGGAUGGCAACAAGAUCACCAUCAUGCCCAAACAUGAAGACUUGAAGGACCCCCUGGAGUUCCCGGCCCAUGAGUUAAGAAAAUAUUUCCGAAUGGGCGACCACGUGAAGGUGAUCGCUGGGCGUUACGAAGGAGACACCGGCCUCAUCGUCAGAGUGGAGGAGAAUUUUGUCAUUCUCUUCUCUGACCUCACCAUGCACGAGUUGAAGGUUUUGCCCAGAGACCUGCAGCUGUGCUCGGAGACUGCGUCUGGCGUUGAUGCAGGAGGGCAGCAUGAGUGGGGGGAGCUGGUUCAGCUGGACCCACAGACCGUCGGGGUCAUUGUCCGACUGGAGAGAGAGACCUUCCAGGUGCUGAACAUGCAUGGAAAGGUGCUGACAGUGCGUCACCAGGCAGUGAACCGCAGGAAGGACAACCGCUUUGCUGUGGCAUUGGACUCUGAGCAGAACAACAUCCAUGUCAAGGACAUCGUGAAGGUCAUCGACGGGCCACACUCUGGCCGCGAAGGUGAGAUCCGACACCUCUUCAGAGGCUUCGCCUUCCUCCACUGCAAGAAGCUGGUGGAGAAUGGAGGCAUGUUCGUCUGCAAGACCAGACACCUGGUGUUAGCCGGUGGAUCCAAGCCCAGAGACGUCACCAACUUCACUGUGGGAGGAUUUGCUCCAAUGAGCCCUCGCAUCAGUAGCCCCAUGCACCACGGUGGAGGAGGUGCUCAGCAGAGAGGAGGAGGAGGAGGUGGAGGAGGAAUGGGGCGGGGCCGAGGACGAAGGGACAAUGAGCUGAUUGGUCAGACAGUCCGCAUCUCCCAGGGUCCAUACAAAGGGUACAUUGGUGUGGUGAAGGAUGCAACAGAGUCUACGGCCAGAGUGGAGCUGCACUCCACCUGUCAGACCAUCUCUGUGGACAGACAGCGAUUGACUACCAUGGGAGCAAAGAGACACGGUGGAAUGACCUCCACCCACGGACGUACUCCGAUGUACGGCCCCCAGACUCCCAUGUACGGAACCGGCUCCAGAACGCCCAUGUAUGGCUCUCAGACACCACUUCAUGAUGGAAGCCGUACGCCUCAUUAUGGCUCUCAGACCCCACUGCAUGAUGGGAGCAGGACGCCGGGUCAGAGUGGAGCCUGGGACCCCAACAACCCCAACACACCAUCUAGAAAUGAGGAAGAGUAUGACUUUGGCUACGAUGAUGAGCCCUCCCCGUCCCCUCAGGGAUAUGGGGGAACCCCCAACCCCCAGACCCCGGGUUAUCCAGAAGUUCCCUCUCCACAGGUCAACCCUCAGUACAACCCUCAGACACCCGGCACGCCUGCUAUGUAUAACACAGAGCAGUAUUCUCCCUAUGCAGCCCCAUCCCCUCAGGGCUCCUAUCAGCCCAGUCCAAGUCCUCAGAGCUACCACCAGGUGGCGCCCUCACCAGUCGGCUACCAGAACACGCACUCUCCAGCCAGCUACCAUCCAACGCCCUCCCCCAUGGCGUACCAGGCCAGUCCUAGCCCGAGUCCUGUGGGAUACAGUCCCAUGACGCCCGGAGCACCCUCUCCUGGAGGCUACAACCCUCACACCCCGGGCUCCAACAUUGAACAGGGCAGCAGCGACUGGGUGACCACCGACAUCUUGGUCCGAGUGAAGGACUCCUUCAUGGACCUGAUGGGACAGACCGGGGUCAUCAGGAGCAUCACGGGAGGGAUGUGUUCAGUGUUCAUGCAGGAGUCAGAGAAGGUGGUCAGUAUCAGCAGUGAUCACCUGGAGCCCGUCACUCCCACCAAGAACAACAAGGUAAAGGUGAUUCUGGGAGAGGACCGUGAGGCAACAGGGAUCCUUUUGAGCAUCGACGGAGAUGACGGCAUCGUUCGCAUGGAGCUGGAUGACCAGCUGAAGAUCCUCAACCUGAGGUUCCUGGGACGCCUCGAGCACUGAGAUACGGACUGACCGAAGGAGAGACACAUUUGUAGACAGUCUCAAACAGACACACAGUGAGGUGGGAGUACAGAGAUACAGAGAUGCACACAAGACUGUAAUGAGAACGCUGUUGGCUGUAUUCUCACACACACACAGACGUAGGCAGAGAUGUUGAGAAUUUUAUUUAUAUCACUUGGUGAAAGGCCACACACACACACACACACACACACACACACACACACACACAGAAAAUUAGAUCCCAGUGUCCAGAGACACUCAGCUCAUCAUUUGCUGUUACUUUACACCCUGACCAACACUUCUCUCUCUCUCUCUCUGUAAAUCAGUCUCUCUCUAUGUCUCUUGCUUUUUUCCAAAACCCAACAUUAGUCCCUCUCACCUCUGAUUUUUUUUUUUUUUUAUUAUGUUUUUGUUGGCUACUCUAGCUAGUGGUCUGAAUCUGUUUUUAGUGCUUUCUCAUUGUUCUGUCAGUACUUCUGGUUUUCUGGGAGCAGGAGGGUUUAAAAACUAAAUGUAUCAUGUCAAUAAAAUGUGAACCAGUCGACCUGUCUA